AUGACAAGGGAGUAUCAAGAUCUCCAGCACUUCGACAAUGAGGACAAUGACCACCAUCAGCUCCAGAGAGGGCCACUUCCUUCCAAGCCCUUGUUACAGCGGCUCUGCUCCGGACCCCGCCUUUUCCUCUUCUCCCUGGGUCUCAGUCUCCUGCUGCUGGUGGUUGUCUGUGUGAUUGGAUCCCAAAACUCUCAGCUGCAGGGGGAGCUGCUAUCCCUGAGAGCAAUCUUCAGCAACUUCACAGUGAGCAUUGAGGCUGAGUUCAAGGCCCUGAGCACCCAGGGAGGCAGUGUGGGAAGAAAGAUGAAGUUGCUGGAGUCCCAGAUGGAGAAACAGCAGCAAAACCUGAGAGAAGAUCACAUCAACUUACUGCUCCACGUGAAGCAGUUUUUGUCUGACCUGCGAAGUUUGAACUGUCAGAUGGCUGUGCUGCAGGGAAAUGGCUCUGCGACGUCCUGCUGCCCCAUUAACUGGGUGGAGUAUGAAGGCAACUGCUACUGGUUCUCCAACUCUGGGAAGCCCUGGCCGGAGGCAGACAAGUACUGCCAGCUGGAGAAUGCCCACCUGGUGGUGGUGAACUCCCUGGAGGAGCAGCAAUUUGUCCAGCACCAUAUUGGUCCUAUAAACACCUGGAUGGGUCUAACUGACCUAAAUGGCUCCUGGAAUUGGGUGGAUGGGACAAUCUAUGAUUCUGGCUUCAAGAACUGGAGACCAGAGCAGCCAGAUAACUGGCACGGGCACGGGCUGGGCGGUGGUGAGGACUGUGCCCAUUUCACCUUCGAUGGUCGCUGGAAUGACGACGUCUGCCAGAGGCCCUACCGCUGGGUCUGUGAGACAAAGCUGGAGACAGCCAGCUAGCCAGCUAGGAGCCUCUAAUUUAUUUCCCCAAUGCUUUGAGCCACUGAAAUUUAGGAUUGAUAUUCCUCCAAUCUGGCAGUCUCUAUACUCGUGAUUUUCCUCUAGAACUGGA